AUGGAGUCUCCCCGACUACCUCAGCGCGACCAGGACCUAGCCAGCUAUCUUGCUCGGGUCGAGGAACUGGAUUAUGAAAGAAACAAGCGUAGACAAAGUAUCAACGGCAUGAGAAAUGUCACAUCCAAGUACCGACCCGAAGAUGCAGAGGCAGCCCACCGGCUCCUGAGCGGACAAUAUGUACCAUCUACAGAGAAAUAUAUUGGCGCUAGCGAACGGGCUUCUGAAAUGGCCUACAAAUCAGCCUACAACUACGAGAGGACGUUUUCCCCCAAGAGACGUGGACAUGAUUCUACUUCACCAAUACGACGGGAUUUACCUGGAUCAGGGCUUGACACAAAUUCAGUUGUGAAAUAUUCAGACCCUGCUUCUGAUCACCGAGAAUCUUCCAAACAGUACACCAUCUCUGAAGAGGACUACUUGCUUUUGGUGAAGCUGAAGCAAGGACUGAUAGAGGCGACGCCUGGUGAAUCAGCAACCCGUUCGAUACCCUCUCGAGGACAGCCACGAUCCAUCAGAUCUCAUCAAAGUGAGCCCGUUGAUGAUAUUGACUCACCACCACCGCCACUACCCGCAAGGCAAAACUCAGAGUUAAAGUCAACCUCGAAGCAUGCUCCAACAAAACCCCCAAGACCUGAGAAAAUGAAAGUAUCCCACUCACAGAAGGAGGGCACUGAUAUGCUUCCCACUUUGAAAGGGGGACCGGAACAGAGCGCUGAUUUGUUGAUGGCAGAUGGUCGGCGGACUGCAGACUACGUAGGGCAAGACCAAAACAACAGGAGUUCUCGAGCUUCUGAACGCAAUAAUAACAACAAGCUACUCCCUAUUCAUAAGGGUGACAAACCAAUAUCCUACAUGGCUUCACUACAAAAUAAUGCUGCAACGGAAACGACUAAGCCAAAAUCAUCACUACCCGUUCCGCCGCCCAAACUCACACGGCCUCCACAGACCUUCAUGAGUUCUGCUCUCAAAAAGGAAAGCUCUGUGUCAUCGCCAAAUGUAAAGUCACCGAUUAUCCCAUCACAGCGUAAAACGCUGCCCGAGAAGUCCCAAGCGAAGCCUGAAUUUGACAAUUUUAAAGGUAAGCUUAAACAUGUUGACAUGGGGCAAGGUGGUAAUGGCAUUGAUUUCAACGCAUCAUCGGGUAAAAUGGUCGGUGAGUUAAGAGUUCCGAAACUCCGAAAAGCCCUUCCAAGUGAGGUAAAAGGUGUCAAGCAGGGCACGGAGCACCUUGACAUCCCACAGCUUAGAAAGGCCCUGCCUGAAAAGAAUAUUUUGUCAUCAGAACAUCAACAAAGAGUUGGAAAGGGUGGUUCAACCCUUCACGAGGCCCUUCCUGAACAAAACCUAGCUUCAAAAGGUAAGGAAAAUCUCAAACCUACCUUGCCUGCUCCACAACGAAAAGCUACUAUACCUGAAGCGGUAGGCAAACGAGAGAAACUAAGUAAGGCACCUCCGAAGCCGGAGCGCAAGGUUUCUAUGCCCGAAGCAUUCUCGAAAAGAGCAAGUUUGGUCAAGGCACCUCCUAAGCCAUCUAGAAAAGUUUCAAUGCCGGAAGCUAUGAAACGCCUGGAGGCAAUGAAGUUAAAGGACAAGAGUGGAAAUAAGUCAUUUGAGGAGGACCGAACAGUGCCUCCAAGGAUUGGGAAAGAGGCGCAACUUGACGCAGGGGAAGAUCUUGAAGCCAUGCUCAUGGCGAAAAAGCUAGUUCACCGUGGGAAGAGCAAGACCUUUCCAAACCCAUCACUUGAUGAUAGAAAACCAAUCCCGAUCCCCUUUAUGGACCAGACAAACAACGCUCAAAUUGCGAAGCUGCUAAAACCAGCUUCAACAAGUGGCAGUAUCGAAAACAAUAAUCAACAGAGUGACACGCUAGUACAUCUCACUAAAAGCCGGGCAAGGGGACCUAAACGUAAGCCUCCAAAACAGCUGUGA